AAUCUAUAAUUUGCAAAAUUAGUGCCACUCCUUUCCUGCGCUUCUCUUUACAAACUCACUUCUUCCCUUCCUAUCUCAUCAAUCAAAAUCAUCUGUUGUUCAGAAAAGCGUUUUAUUUUCCUUGAUAAAUCUCCAAUAUGCAGAUCUUCCUCAAAACCCUCACCAGCAAGACCAUAACUCUCGAGGUCGGGAGCUCCAAUACCAUCGAUAACGUCAACGCCAAGAUCUAAGACAAGGAAGGCAUCCAUCCAGACCAACAGCGCUUGAUCUUUGCCGGAAAGCAGCUGGAGGAUGGUCGGACCCUGUCCACCUUGCAUCUCGUUCUCCGAUUGAGGGGAGGGAUGCCGAUCUUUGUGAAAACCCUCACCGGCAAUACUAUAUCCCUGGAGGUUGAAAGCUAGGAUAUAAUAGACAAUGUCAAAGCCAAGAUUCAAGAUAAGGAAAGUAUCCCACCAGAUCAGCAGCGGUUAAUCUUUGCUGGGAAGCAGCUAGAGGAUGGAAGGACCAUCGCUGAUGAUAACAUCCAAAAGGAGUCCACCCUUCACCUGGUUCUGAGGCUUCAUGGGAGAAUAAUGGCUGUUCGCACAUUUCUCAAGAUCGCAGACGUGUCCUUUCUAUCAUUAUUGUUGCAAAUCCAUCCAGGUUAUGUUUUCCUUGCAAACUGAUGAAGAAAUCAUGAAGAUUGUGGAAGAGGCCAAAAUUCCUCCUCCAGUAUCUCGAUCUAUUGGAGCCUUUGGUUGGGGAGGAGAAGAAGAUAAUGUUGAGAAGGAAAAUGACAGAGAGGCUGAAGAAGAAGAAGAAGAGGAAGCUGAGUAUGAGAAGAGAGUUAAGGAGGCACAAGAAGUGGAGAAUUUCAUGUCAGUUCCCCUUUUCGGAUACCCGUGAUCUAAAGUUUUGCCUUUUGGAUAUCUAUAGGAUGCUAUUGUGAUUAUAUAAAACUUUGUACUUAGGACUUGGUCUUGAAUAAAUGUUUGUAAAUUAGAGCGUAUUGGGCAGGACGUGUAUGAUUCCAACUUAUAUGAGAAUUAGAGUGUCUUUGUUAUUGAAAAUAUGGAAUUAUGAAGAUUUGAAAGGUAAUUGUUUUCUUUCCAGGGGUUAAGAUAA